CUAAAAAAAAAAAAAAAAGGAUUGUUAUGAAGUUGAUGGCCAUGUCGAAUCUUUCUCGAUAACCCGAUAUUACUUGAAGAGGCUGUACUGUGUCACAACAUCAUCUCAGACCGCUCUAGAAAGCAAAUAGCAAGAAUAGGCAUUCACUCCAUAACUUAUUUUGUUUUUCAGUUUUUGGCUGUCUUUGCGGGAGUGUGUAGGGAACAAUGUCAUCCACUUCGAGGGAAAACAGGAGAGCAGCAGAGGCUUUUUGCAAUGAGAUUGUACGCCGGAUGGUAAGCCUUCCCAGGAACAUUAUAGCGGGUUUUUCAAGAGCAAUGGUGGGUAGAAGAAAUCAACAUCUACCAUUGAACCAUCCAGCACAACAUCCAGAGGAGCCCAUCGUCGGUGCAGAAGAGUGGGAAUUCCUAGCCAGUUUCGAGCAGCAAUAUGGAUCCUACCAUCCCUUUUUCUACGCUUGUCGGUUCAUGGCAGCUCUGAAGUUAGCAGAAGAUGAUCACAAGUUCAUGUUUAUGUAUCUCCACUCACCAGAACAUCCUUUCACGCCCCCUUUCUGUAGAGAAACUUUGUCUUCUGAAUUGGCGGUACAGUUUCUUGAUGCUAAUUUUAUUUGCUGGGGAGCACUGGCAAACAGAGGAGAGGGCCUGCAAAUGGCUACAAUGUUGAUGCCUACCAGCUUCCCAUUCUGUGCUGUAAUAGCUCCUGCCCCUGGUGAUAGCAUAGCAGUGCUGCAACAGAUGGAAGGGCCAAUUUCACCAGCUGAACUGGUGGGGAUUCUGCAGAGGACUGUGGAGGAGCAAGGUUUGGCUUUUGGCAGUGGAAGGGCCAAGCUGGAAGAAAAGAUGAUAGCAGAUCGUCGCCUUAGAGAAGAACAAGACGCAGCGUAUAUGGCAUCUCUACAGAUAGACAGGGAAAAGGAAAAACUCAAGAACUUACGUCCAGGAGAAAGAGUUCAGAAACCAGCAGAAGCUCCUACCAGAGCAAGUUAUGUCAACCUCAGGAACAGUAAAAAACAGAACGGUAAAGUCAAGGAGGUUGCCAUUACAAAAGAAACCCACCAUAAAGAAGUUGCAAAGAGGGGAAAUGAUGAUCCUCCUCAAGCUACCCAGAUUUUGAUUAGGUUUCCGAGUGGAGAAAGAAGAGAGCAGAGCUUUGCAAGCACAGACAAGGUCCAAUCAAUAUACAGAUACAUAGAUUCCUUAGGCCUUGCUGGUAUUGGAAACUACAGAUUGAUAUCAAGCUUCCCUAGAAAAGUUUAUGGUGUGGAUCAGAUGGGCAUGACUCUCAGAGACUCUGGCCUCCAUCCUAGAGCAAGCCUGUUCUUGGAACCUCUGUAAAGAUCAGCCAAGGUCAGUGCAUGUACUGACCAAGAACUUAUCCAGUAUUUCUUUUCUAGACAAUAUGCUUUUCUUCACUUUUGUCACCUCAUUGAUGUUCUUUUGUAAUAUGGGCAUUGCACGAAAGUCGAAUAAGUGCCAAAACUGCUGAUCACAGCUACAAAGAAAAAGUUCACCUUUAAAACAAAGGUCCUAGCCGACAAUGAGGUCUAGGUGACAUCAUAUAUGCAGUCUAUGAGGGGAUGAUAAUCCCACCAUAUAUUUAGUUUUAUAAAAGAAGUACUUUCUUA